AUGUCGACUGACGCAGAGACCCAAAACAACAAUCUCGUCCUUAGAGCUCUCUUCAAACAAAUAGAUAUUGGCGCACAUGGUGCCAUCGAUUUCAAACGUCUAGCAGAUGAUAUAGGUGUCAAUGGUCAGAAUGCUGCUCGGCAUCGCUUCAACCGAUUCAAAAGAUGUUUUACUAGAACUGAUGCUGUACCUCCCACUCUUGCCGACGUUAACAACAAUACUCUCGUUAUGGGCGGUCUUUUUAAGCAACUCGAAAUCGGUAGGAUCGACUUCACACGCUUGGCGAAAGACAUGGGCGUUAAUGGUCAAAAUGCUGCCAGACAUAGGUGGAUUCGGUUCUUGAACAGUUUUGGGAUUAAGAAGCCAAACAGAGCGGGUGGGGAUCAGGAUCGAGAUGAUGGCGGAGAUGACGAGGAGAAGCACAGAAAUAAUUCUGGAAACAAAGAUGGGAAAGAGGACAGAAAGAAGAGCGAUGAAGCAGCGAAUGGCCCUGUAAAGGUCGAAGCGAACACCAAAGCUACUAGAACAAAUCUGCCUGGCUCGCCACUGAAGUUCGAGAUCACAAGGGAAGAAAGCGGCCUAAAGUCACCUAAGAAAGAUGGCAAGAGAAAGAUGGAGGACCUGGAUGGACAUUUGACUGAUGAGAAAGAGGGGGCGAGGUUGAUGCAAAUGCCGGCGAGGAAGUUUCUAAAGAGUGCGACGAAGAGUAUCACAAACAGACAAAAGAGUAAAAAGAGAAGUGGUGAUGAUACCGGGGAAUCUUAUGAUGAACAUGGUCAAGAUGAGGGGUUCGAGUCUGGGUUUGAGGACAUCGACUAUACAACAGUUCCUGACAAGAAGAAGAAGAGAGGCGGAGAGGUCGACGAAUACAGUGGCGAGGAAGAUUGGGAAGCUUAG